CGCGAUGGGUCCACUUGCAAUUACAUACACGUCCAUGGCCGCGCCAGGAGGACGAGGCGGCGACCCUGCGCUGUGGAGUCCGAGCCAAGUGGUAAAGUGGAUGACAUCCUUCGAGGAAGGAAGGUACGCGCCGCUCGUCGCCCAGCUCAAGUCGUUUUCCGGUCGGCAAUUGCUGGACCUCACAGAGCCGCAUUGGGUCCGCGUCCAACCGUCGGCGCUAGCGUCGAGUUUACGAUACACGCUUAUCGGGAUGCACCAGGUCGCCACAGGUGGUGUUGGAACAAGCGGGCGUGGCGACUCGUCAACGUUUCUCUCGUUGGAACCAAACUACGUAGCCGCUGGAUCGCCGACGGCGUCACGAAAGAACAAGAAGAAGAGCACAUCGAGCACCCCUCCAUGUGACUUCCCACCGAUGCUUGCGCGUCCCAACUGGAUCGUGAUUGUAUUUGUACUGUUGCUGGCCGUGGGAGCUGUCCUGGUCUUUGUGGUGUUCAAGGACUACCUCGCCAAACACGAAUGGGACUCGAAGCGAAUUUUGACGGUCGCAUCGAUUCCCCUCAUCAGUGUCGUGUUUACGUACGUCCAUAUCUGGCUGGCGCUGUACAUGACGUUUUAUCCCCUCGAGUACGUCGGCAUCAUGCAGUUCCCUGGGACGAACAUGGGUGUAUGUGGGUGGCAGGGCAUCGUUCCGUUCAAGGGCGAGAAGAUGGCACGGAUGUCCGUGCGCAUCAUGACGUCGCAGCUCCUGGACGUCCGCGAAGUCUUUAGCCGCAUCGAUCCAUCGCAAGUCGUGAAGGAACUCGAACCGAUCCUGUUCAACACGAUCAAGGACAUUGUCGAGACGAUGGCCCAAAAGUACAACCCGAGUUUGUGGCGCGUGCUCCCGACGUCCGUGAAAGACGAGAUCGUCGAAAAGGUGAAAGAGGACGCCCCCGUGCACAUCGAGGCGCUCAUGGUCGAGAUCAAGGACCACAUUGAUGAAGUUUUUGAUUUGGAAGACAUGGUCGUGUCCAACAUGAUGAAGGACAAGCAGCUCCUCGUCAAUAUGUUUGUAAAUUGCGGAUACCAAGAGCUCGCGUUCAUCCGGGACUCUGGCGCGACGAUGGGGUUCAUCUUUGGGCUUCUCCAGAUGGGCCUCUACUUGGUGUGGCCGACGCUGACCAAGUACGUGACGUUUCCCGUCUUUGGGCUGCUCGUGGGGACCCUGACCAACUGGCUCGCGCUCAAGAUGAUCUUUGAACCGGUCAAUCCAAAAAAGUUUCUAUGUAUCAAGCUGCACGGAUUGUUUCUCCGGCGCCAGCAGCAAGUCGCGGCUAUGUACGGCGAAAUGGUGUCGCGCGAUGUUUUGAAUGCGCACAACAUCAUCGAAGCGAUCCUGAAGGGGCCGGCGAGCGACCGCCUCUUUGAGCUUGUCUACGCCAACGUUCAGCAGGCCGUAAACUCUGGCGCAGCCGUCGCGGACCGCAUCGUGUCGAUCGGGAUUGGCAAAGACACGUUUGAGUCGAUCAAAGACGACAUCACGGACCUCGUCGUCCAAAAAUUUCCCGACAGCUUGCGCCACAUUGAAACGUAUACGAUGGUUGCGCUGGACUUGAACAACACACUCCGAGAAAAGAUCGGCGAGCUCACCUACCACGACUUUGAGCGGCUGCUGCACCCCGUAUUUGAAGAGGACGAGUGGAAGCUGGUUCUCAUGGGCGGCGUCCUCGGCCUUGCGCUCGGUUUCAUUCAAACGACGUACGAAGGAGGCCACUAGCGCCUUUUGCCACCACUAUACCCCUUAAUGAAGCUAUAAGUUGAGCUCGAAGCGACGGAAGUGGGAGCUGUCACUCGAGCGAGCCACAACAUGGAUGGCUGAGAUGAACUGCCCAUUCGAAGGAUCAAUUCUUCGUUGGGUCUGAAAGGCUUCCUACCGGGUCUCUUGGCCUACACCAUCGCCAUUCCCGUGGCAUGUGUCCAUGAACUGGACGAUGUUGGUCUAACGAGGUACCAUCACGGCAGCGCAGUCCAAAAUUCCGCCACACGACAUCGUAGAUGUGUGUACGUCCG